UAUAACGACUCGGGUACUCAUUCAUCACUACCACUUACUUGGAGUCACUGUGAAUUCAACGAAACCGUUCUUUUGUGUCCUGAAUGGGUGUUACCUGCGUUAUCCAGCAGGUCGUAAGCAGGUCAUAUAUCGUGUUUUACAGAUGCUAUGCUUGCCUGUGUAUGUCACGGACAUAUCUUAUCCAGCCGCAGCAAUGAUGAUUUAGGACCGCUUGUCGGGACAGCUCCGUCGACCUCCACGUUGCGAGUUGCUCAUUCCAGCUCAUUCCAGCUCAGGCUUAGUUUGCAUCCCUCACAUCAUUGGGAAUUUUAGACACAUCCUCUCACGUCUGCCACGUACACUCUGGUUUGUCCUUUGAACGCAAAUGACAGUCUCUACAUUCUCAGCGGCAGUGCAUAUUACUCCAACCGUCAUCAAGACCCUCUAUACUCAUGGAAAACGGAAAGCCAAAAAGCUGAGGGACGGAGAUGAGAAAGAAGAGGCCACUGAUGACAUUUUCUUUGACGAAGCAUUUCACAUCGUUAAAUCCUUCAUUCUUCUUGGUACAAAGAACACUGUGGAAUCUCUCCAAGCAUUCACAAACACUCAUGUGCCUGCUCCCCCUUGGACCGCUGUUAUCCCUGUGCGCGUCCCAUUGCAGUCGUGCAACAAGGCGGCAGACCUCUUGAUACAAUGGUUUGGGCCCGAAGACCUUAAACGUGUUGUUGGUGGCGAAAGGUGGUGGCAAGUCCGUGGUUUAGACGGUAUUGAUGCCGAGUGGAUUGCUGAUAAGUCACACUUACGGCCCGAAAGCGUUGACAUAGAUGACGGGAGGAGGUACAGUGAAGAGGAAAGACUUGUAAUGUCGAUGGAGCAAUUAGAGACCACGAUGCUUUACAUUCAUGGAGGCGGAUACUAUUGGGGGUCCAUUAAUACCCAUCGUUAUCAAAUCAUCAAAUACGCACAUAAAAUUCGGGGGCGUGCGUUUGCUGUCAACUAUCGGAAGGCACCACAAUACCCAUGGCCAUGCCCCUUACACGAUGUCCUCGCAGCUUACCUUUACUUGAUUCAGCCCCCUCAUGGUGCUGCUCAUAAACCCAUUCCCCCUUCAAAAAUCAUCUUCGCUGGCGAUUCGGCAGGUGGCGCAUUAUGUCUGACAAUGCUCACUGUACUGCGGGAUUUGGGUCAACCGUUACCAGCGGGAGCGGUGCUCAUCAGCCCGUGGGUAGAUUUAACACACAGUUUUCCUAGUAUUCACACGAAUACCGCUACGGAUAUCAUACCUCCUCAUGGAUUCAUGAACAAACCCUCCGCGUUGUGGCCGAUGGAUCCAAUCAAGGAAGGCGGUCGUGUCGCACGUGCACACUCCGAUCUACUGCGUCAUGCAAACGCUGAUCCCGAUAAAAUUUCUACAAGAGACACUGCCCAGGUUCCGCCCACUGAUGCUAAAAAGCACGGUGAUUCUAUGCCUGUCGGUUCCAAGCACGAAACAUUUGACUGUUCUGCAUUAAGCGUUCCCCUGAAAUCUCAGGAGAAAACAUCAUUGUUUGACGGAGGGAAGUGUGAUCUCGCUGGCAGACAGCACGGGCGGGGCGGUGACCAGAACGGAAACCCAAGUGAUACGAUACCUAUAGAUGAGCUUGCUGUGAACAGUGGGCGCGGACCUAUAUCUCAUUCAGUCACUGAUCUAGACGACAUUGAUUUUCGGGAGCCAAACCCCCCGAAGGUGCUCAUGAAAAAUCCUGGAGAUGUUCCGCUGGAAAUACGCUCGCAGAUCCAGCAUUAUGCUACAACGGAGCAAUUGUCGCAUCCUCUAGUCUCACCUAUUCUUCAAGCCUCCUUAGGCAACCUCUGCCCAUUGUAUAUUUUGGCAGGCGAUGGAGAAGUGCUUCGCGACGAAAUAAUAUAUUUGGCACAUAAGGCAGCCAAUCCAGCUGAGUACCCUGUACGAGAGGGUGUCAUUAGAGACGGAAUGAGGCAGAAAGAGAAUGCGCAUAAAUUUUCUACGCCAACCAAAGUCCAUCUCCAAGUGUAUGACGGAAUGUGUCAUGUUUUGACAGUCUUCACCUUCACCAGCAGUGCGGACUAUGCUUACCAUUCUAUUGCGAAAUUUGCGAAACAUGUCACCCAACAUUCGGCAGAGUACCUUGACCAAAAUCCGUUCCCCGUCCUACAGCAAACGCCCGGGCCUGAUAUACCGUCGUGCGCCACGAAUGAUCGAUCGGGAGACAUGAUGAUUCGUGAGCGCGUUGAUAUCCAUGGUCGAGUUCGCUGGAUGGAACCAAAAGAGGAUAUUGCAGCUCUACAGCUGAGGCCAUCAGAGAUUGGCAUCAUCAAGGAAGAGACUCUUUUCAAGUGGCUGGAAGGCCAGGAGGAGUGGGACAGGCGUUUCAAGUACUGCGCAACUAAGGUUAUGAAUAAUAGGAGGAAAUUUGAAGCAAAGGCCAACUCGAUCAUUGAUAAAGCAAAGCGACGGGGCCUUUUACUGGCGGGAGAGGGUGAUGAUCUCGUUGAGAUGCCAAUGGUUGAGAGGUCGAGUGUUGCACAUGGGGCUAUUCGAGGGAAUAGGAGAUGGGGGCCGUUAGACCUGGUGGACGAACAUCCACCACCUACAGCGAUUGCUGCGAGACGGGACACACAAGAAGCGCUUGUUCUACUCAAGGAGAGCAUUUAUCACACGGCGCCAGCAACCCACAAGACCAUUCCGAGAGUUAAAAAAGUGGACUUUGUUCUCGCCGCUUUUUAUCCCGAUGAUUCCCCAUGCCGACGCCCUAGACACUCGGUUUCAGAGCAGCAGGUGCACACCGGUAUGCGAUACAUUCACGGAAUGCGUAUGUGGCAGUCCAUUGUGAGUUGCUUUGGACGUAAGCUUGCCGUGAAAGCUGCGCAGGACACGCGACGCUAAGGAGAUGCACUUAUGGAGACCUGAUAUAAGGCUACUAAGAAUGUGAACUCAGCCACAGUAGACAGUUGAGAGGAGUGCAGGGUUUGAUGAUCGCGUCGAGUAAUUAUUAAAAACGGACGGUUGGACUGGUCUGUAACAUGUAAAGACUUAUCAGAACUACACAGAGGGACAACACAUGUUCGCCAAGCUC